CGUCACGCUACGGGGUACUUUGGAGUUGUCCUCUGAUUCUGUGUUUAUCUAACUUUAUCUUAUCCCCAAUAAAAGAUCUGCGUGAGUCUCAACAGCUCUAUAUUUUUUAGUUACUUGGAUAUUUAUAAUUCCUUGCAAAAGUCCCAAUUGAUUUCAUUUGGAAUCAUCUAAUAGAACUGGUUAUGGAAGCACGUGAAGAUCAAAAGGCCUCUGGAAAGGAUUCAGCGGUUGAAAAUCCACCAACAGGAUUUUCAUUUUUCCCCGAGCACAUAUUCGGUGAAAAUGGCUACUUAAAUUUGUUGCGAUAUAUACUUGCCAAUGGCGUUGAACGGAGAGAUCGUACCGACACAGGGACAUUUGGAGUUUUCGGUCCACAGCUUCGCUUUUCUCUUAGGAAUCAUGAAUAUCCUCUACUGACUACAAAAACAGUGUUUUUUCGCGGAAUCGUAGAAGAGCUAUUAUGGUUUAUUCGUGGAUCUACAAAUUCUCGUGAACUGGCGGAAAAGAAUGUACAUUUCUGGGAUGCAAAUGGAUCUCGUAAAUUUUUAGAUGGACUAGGAUUUACUAAGCGUGAAGAAGGUGAUCUCGGUCCAGUUUAUGGUUUCCAGUGGCGUCACAGCGGAGCAGAAUAUGUAGACUGUCAAACCGACUAUACUGGUCAAGGUGUUGAUCAACUUGCUGAUGUGAUAAAACUUAUACGUGAACGCCCUUGGGAUAGAAGGAUUAUGAUUGUGGCUUGGAAUGUUAAAGAUCUGUGUAAAAUGGUUCUUCCUCCCUGUCAUUGUCUUGUUCAGUUUUAUGUUGCAAAUGAUGAGUUAAGUUGUCAAUUAUAUCAACGUUCAGGGGAUAUGGGUCUUGGUGUACCAUUCAAUAUUGCAAGUUAUGCUUUAUUAACAUGUAUGAUCGCUCAUGUUACUGGUUUAAAACCUGGUGAGUUCGUUCACACGAUUGGCGAUGCUCAUAUUUAUUCAAACCAUCGUGAGGCGUUACUCGAACAGUUGAGCAGUUUUGUCGAUCCUGGUCAUUGAAACAGUUGCUUGUUUUCUAAAAAUGAGUAAAGAGUUAUUGAGCUUUGUGCACAUGCUGUCUUAAUGCUUGACAACUGGGUCUGGGAUUCAUCCUGUAAUAAAUUAGAUUAUGUAGAGGAUUUACUUAUCGGUUGUCAAUGCUCCUCAUACCUUAUACUUCAAUACCGAUCAAAGCUUAUCGAUGAAAAGAUAUGUAUAUAUUUUGAUCCAUCAAAAUCAUCCACCUGAGUUACAAAUCUUCUCCACCAUCUCAAAAUGAUAUGUAUAUAUCCUACUUCGUCAUGUAUGUUCUAUUGAGUUAAUAUGUGUAGAAUAAUGGUAUGUAAAAAGUUGAAUAUGAAUUUUACCUAGGAUACGUAUAUUUCAGUCACGGUAAUGUUGAAUGACACAAGCAAACAAAACCAUUAAAGUUCGGUAAUACAUUAACUUAAAGAAUGAUAAAAGGACUCAGUUUUUUUAAACCAUGAAGAAUACACGAAGUGGAAAAACACACGUACAAUCAAAUGCUGAUGUAAAACAUAAUUGAGGUUAAACGUAAAUAAUUGACAUAGUCAAAUAUAUGGUUGGUGGAAUAAAUGGAAAAACUCGAACAAUUUGUCUGUUUAAGUUUUAGAAUAAUUCGUAUAGGCGUGUAAGGAUACAAUUUGUUACGAGGUUCCUCUGUAGAAAAUCA